AUCAAUAAAAUGAACAGCUAAUAGACCAAGCGGCCCUAGGGACAUAUGAAUCAUCAUCUUUGGAGAAUGCUUAGCUUUUAGCAAUAGAUCUAUAGCGGGUCGGAUCUAUAGUAUGGAUCCGACCCGUUAGCACUAGUAGACACGAUGCCUUCGAUCAUCGCGGAGCUCGCGCACGUCCUCGCGUCGCCAUGCUUGGCCCUCUCCGACCUCCACCAACUCCACGCACUAAUCCUCCGCCGCAACCUCGCCGCCUCCCCGCAUCUCCUCCCUGCCUUCAACCGCACCAUUCGUGCCCUCUCGAAGCCCCACCCUUUCGCCGCCCUCCGCCUCUACUCCCUCUUCCUCCGCUCCUCCCUCUCCCCGGAUAACUUCACCAUUCCCUUCCUCCUCAACGCCUCCGCUGCGCUAUCUCUCCUUCCUCUCGGCUCUGAGCUCCAUUCCCGCUCCCUCCGCACCGGCCUCCUCCCUUUCCUCCCCGUCGCCAACGCCCUCAUCGAUAUGUACGGUAAGUGCGGUGAUCUUUCUGUUGCUCGGAAAGUGUUCGACGAAAUGCGUGUGAGGGAUAUCGUCAGUUUCAAUGCAUUAUUGGGUGCCCACGCUCGCGUUGGGGUUGAUAUGGCUGAGGCACGGAGACUGUUCGAUGAAAUGCCUCAGAGAAAUGCUAUUACUUGGAACGCAAUGGUGGUUGGGUACGUGAAUUGUGGAGACUUGCGCUCCGCGCGCGCGGUGUUCGACGAAAUGCCCGCGCGGAAUUUGGUUUCUUGGACUGUGAUGCUCAUGGGGUAUACCAAGAGUGGGUUGAUGGAGGACGCGAGUGACUUGUUUGAUGAAAUGCCGGAGAGGAAUUUGGUUGCUUGGACCAUGAUGAUCACCGGGAAUUCACAGAGCGGGCGGCCGGAGGAGGCAUUGGCGUUGUUUCGGGACAUGGAGAAGGCUGGAGUAGAGCCAGAUGCCGCAGCGAUGGUUGGGGUUAUAUCGGCUUCAGCUCAGAUUGGUCGUGUUGAGCUUGCUAAUUGCGUUGGUACUUAUGUUGAUCAAAAAGGUAUUGAGAGGAAUGAGCGUGUGCUCACUGCAUUGGUUGACAUGCACGCUAAGUGCGGUAAUGUGGAUCAAGCUUGUCGCUUAUUUGACGAUAUCCCCGUCCCGGAUGCAUUCUCCUACACUGCUCUCAUCCAUGGCCUUGCAUCCCAUGGGCAGGCAUUGAGGGCUCUUGAGCUAUUUGACAGAAUGCGAGAUGAGGCUAUCAAGCCUGACCCAAUUACCUUCGUCGGAGUGCUUACCGCUUGUAGCCAUUCAGGGCUUGUUGAUGAAGGAUUAAAGUUCUGGAGGAGCAUGGUGCAUGAAUACAAGAUCGAACCAUGGCCUGAUCAUUAUGCCUGCAUUGUAGACAUGCUUGGUCGUGCCGGGAGGCUGGAAGAGGCUCAUGAUAUGGUUAAGAGCAUGGCGACGGGGUCUCAUGCUGGUGCACUGGGUUCAUUGCUUGCGGCAUGUAGAACAUACGGCAAUGUAGAGAUCGCAGAGAGCGUCGCGCAAGAGCUUUUUGUUUUGGAGCCUGAGAACACUGGAAACUAUGUGCUUCUUUCAAGUAUAUAUGCUUCAAAAGAACAAUGGGGAGAUGCAGCUAGAGUCAGAUCCAUGAUCAAAGAAAGAAGAGUGAAAAAAUUGCCUGGAUAUAGCUGGGUCGAAGAUCCCCACAGAGAACAAAGGUCACAGACUAAAUCACCAUAGCAACAAUCGAUGUUUCUUAUAUUCAAGAAAAAUGGGAUGCACACAUCAAGAGAAAUACAUUAAAUAUGAAAGGAAUCAGAAAAUGUAUGCCCUGUUUAUUUUAGGGAAUCAUAAGUGUGCAUCGAUGAUAAUAUGGACAUAGCUGCAGAA